GUAAGAUAACACAAGACAUAUAUAUAUAUUUGAAAUAUUAAAAAUUAAGAAAUGGAUAAACAUCUCAAUCAUUCUCAAGACGAUCGCAAGCAAAAACAAAACUCGCAACACAUUCUUCGCUUGGAAAUGCUUGAGCAAUCUGUUCAGAAGAACAUAGCAGAAACGAAACCCGAAGUCCGAGAUUAUUUGGAAGAGAAGAAAAUUUUUAAUACAUUUCGUUUUCUAAUCGGCCAUUUAAUCGUUAAUCAACCGACGGAUCCUAUUCAAUAUUUAUACCAACUGCUCGAUGAUUGCAUACUGUUCGGAUCGGGACUCAAAGAACCACGAUUAUUUUGGAUGGAUAGACACGUUGAUAGCAUAUUUCAAAGCUUCGAUCUCAGUAGCUCAGGAGUUAUAUCUUUAGAAUGUUAUAGAACUGCUAUGAAAAUUUUGGGCAUACGUUCUUAUAACCCUUGUCCCGUUGAAUGCGUACCAGGAUAUGUGAAUCGACAAACAUUCCGUACAGAGGCAUUAUACAGUCUGGAAAAUGAACUCGCGCAUUCUUUCGGCAGAAACGUGUAUUAACAUGGACACGCAAAACGUUAUAUGUAAAAUUCCAAUUUAUUAAUAAUCAAUGUAUUCGUUGUAUCCGUACAUA